AUGAAAACUAGAAGUGAUCCGUUCGAGAGCUCUCCUCCCCCGCCGCGAAAGACCAUGACCAAGGCCGCCAGCGCUGUGAUCAAUCUCAGCGACUCGGAGCCAGAGCCUGCAGCCUGCGAUCUCGAUGCCGACUCGGACGGAGAGUUUCCAGACCUCGAUAACUUUGACGUUUCGAAACUCAAAGCACGAUUGGAUAUCAAGAAGCCAGCUUCUCGAACUACCUCGAGGGCACCAUUGAAAGCCACCUCUAAAUCGACUACCAGCCGCGCAACGACGACGAAAACAGCGGAAGAAAAGACGAGAGAGAAAGAAGCAAAAGCAGCGGAACGAGAAAGAGAAAAGGAACGCAAGAAGCAAGAGAAAGAUGCUGCCAAGGAGCAAAAGGCCAAGGAAAAGGAACGAGCGGCUGCGCUGGCAGAGGUCAACAAGAUCAGAACCGACAAAAAGGUGUCGACGCCGGAAAUGAUUGCAGAUAUCCCUUCCAGCCUGCCCGCCGCCAUGACGCUUCAAAUACAGACCUUGUUGAAGGACCUGGACGUGCAGCACUGUACCUGGGACAGUCCCGUGGACAACGUGGUCAAGUGGAGGAGGAAAGUCGCAAGUCGAUUCAAUGACGAGCUCGGGCACUGGGAGCCAAUUCCGAUGCGCAUUCAACCAGACAAGUUCGCGCUCGUCAUCGUCACUGCGUCUGAAUUUGUCACGUACGCCCUGGGACCCGAAGGCAACAACCUCGAGGCUCACGUCUCCAAGAUGAAGCAACAUUUCCCAGAAGAACAGCUCAUCUACCUCAUUGAGGGCCUCAACCCCUGGAUGAGGAAGAACCGCAACGUCCGGAACCGACAGUUUGCAUCUGCCGUGCGCGGUGGAGAUACUACAACUGGAGACGCCCAGGCCUCGACAAGUGCCGCCGCUCCUCCCCCUCAACCACGGCGGCGCAAGAACCAACAGCCGCAGGAGUACAUUGACGAAGACUCGGUCGAAGACGCCCUGCUCCAACUGCAGGUCAUGUAUGACGUGCUGAUUCACCACACCUCCGCGGCCGUCGAGACGGCGCAAUGGGUCGCCGUCUUCACGCAGCAUAUCUCGACGGUGCCGUACCGGAAACAGCGCGAGGCGACCAACGCCGCGGGCGCCGGCUUCUGCAUGGAGACGGGCCAGGUCCGCACGGGCGAGGACGUCAAAGAUACGUACGUGCGGAUGCUGCAGGAGAUUGUGCGCGUCACGCAGCCCGUGGCGUACGGCAUCGUGUCCGAGUUUGGCACCGUGGGGGAGCUGGUUAAGGCGUUUGAGGAGCGAGGGCCGCUUUGUCUGGAGAAUUGCCGCAAGAGUACGAAUAAGGAUGGUGGUUUUUCGGACCGGGCGGUUGGGAAGGCUGUCAGUAAGAGGAUUUAUAAGAUUUUCACGGAGACGGAUGAAUGGAGUACGGAUGUAUAG